GCUAAGCUCAUUCUUACAUUCUUCAAUAAUGGAAUAUGCUCUCUACGCACCUCCUUUAAGUUCCUUCAACGCCACUCCAAAACCAGGCAAUCAUAGCAGUAGGCAGAAGCUCAUUAGAAUAGACUACUUGGUCCAGAAUUCUCCUGCUGCUAAAGUCUUCCAUGUGAAAGCUAAGUCUGCAAAAAGUGAUGAAAGCACGACGCGAAAGAGCAUGGUUUGUUCUGAUUGUGAGGGAAAUGGUGCAGUUCUUUGCUCUCAAUGCAAAGGGAGUGGAGUAAACGCUGAUGAUCUGUUUGGUGGCCAGUUCAAAGCUGGGGAAUCAUGUUGGCUUUGCGGUGGCAGAAAGGAGAUGUUGUGUGGAACUUGCAACGGAGCUGGCUUUCUUGGAGGUUUCAUGAGCACUUCUGAUACUACAGCCGAAUGAGCUGGUCUCUGUCAGGUGCAGACCUCUUCUAGCUUGGACUAAUUGGAUGCUUAUGUACAUUGAAAUAUGUAUAGAUCUUUUCAUUGAUUACUUUACAACAUAUAUGCCGAUGAUCUUACAG